AUGGACGUCAAAUUUGACAAAGGCACGGAAACCGGUGUGAUGGCCACUAUGCAUGCAUACUUGAGGAGAAAUCACAGCGACAUUGAUGAUCCACUUGAUACCAUUCUUUAUGGUCCAUCGACAUCAAAUCAGGUAACAAGGUUUGAGUAAGUUUAUAUUUUCUAUUUUGACUCCCAGAGAACCAUUAUCUCAAGGGCAUCAAGCAAUGUCAAAACUUCUAGUGAAAUAAUAUCCACAUAUAAACCCUCUUCACCAUACCCCAGGGCUUUACUUUGACAUAAGAUUAUGCCCAUAAAUCGACUUCCUCUAGUUCCGUUAAUGUCGAGAGAAUCUGGCCGUAUUUGCACUAAAAUACUCCUUAAUCAUUUAGGAGGACAGUAAAGUAGCCUAAGCAAGGUAAAAUGACCCUAAGGCCUUCUGACAUGGAAAGUUUAGCGCUAACAAAAAUCCUUCCUACCUUCUCAAAAAAAGAUGCUGAAGUAAAGAAGAGGUCAACAUAGGCCUCAGCCAUCCUAUUUCUAACAAUAAGAGAAAUGCAACAUCCUUAUUUGAACCUCACAAAAAAGUGUCUCCCAAGAGGCAAUAUUAGACAAAAGUUCACAAGAAAUCCUUUUCACUUUUCUAGAUAGGAAGAUGGAGGAAGGAGUUGCACGAGAGACUAGAAAAAUUUUUCAAGGAACAAAUAGCACUACUCAAGGAUCACGGCCACUAUGAUCCCUUUAAUGAAAGUGACAGGUGAGGUCAGCAAUCUAGUUUUAUAUAUAGUUGUCACCACUUAACACAGCUUAUAGGGGCACUAGAAAAAGUUGGCAGAAUUCAAGAGAAUAUGCACUUAUCACUCUCUUGCCUUAAAAUAGAUUCUACCUGUUUGAUAGUUACAAUGUCAUUGUUAAGCCUGAAUCAAUGAAUUCAAAGCAAUCAUUAGUAACGUUAUUGAUCUUUCGACCUAGGAUGCUGCUUGCAUUUAUCCUGAUUCCCUUGCUGCAGAAGCAGUUGAAUAUUUUCAUGCAUACUAUAUGGAAUACUCACCGAACCAGGGCCCAAAAGGACACGGUUCUACCAGAUGGUAUUCCUAACCACAUAUAUUCUUUUCCAGAGGAGUAUGACAUGGAGGAAUGUGGUAUGUAGCUUGUCAAUUAAAUGCUAGCCUUCCACACCCUUCUAUCUUCCCCUUUCCCACCUUGAUGACCUUAAUUUGUAAUUGUAGUUCUCUCAGCUGGCCAUGAUCAGACUUGAAUUGUUUUUUUGUUUCACAGGACUGCCUCUUACUGAAGCCGAGUUGCAUGAGGCCGCCGUUCAGUCUGGUGUUUUAGAUACUGAUGAUGACUUCCUUGAUGAAGUUUUCAAAAAGGAAUGUGAACGUAUCAUACCACACCCAGAGGAAUUAGAGCCUAAGGACUGUAGCAAGGCCUUCAUUCACCUUAAGAGAAACUUUGUAACACCUUCUGCUUAA